AUGUCUCACUCCUUCGGCAAGUCGUGGACGGAGCAGGUCGGGUACCCCGUCCUCACCGCCGUCCGCGACUACGAGCGCAACACCGUCCUCGUGUACCAGGCCCCCUACCCGCUCCCAGGCGCCACCGGCGACGACAGCCGCUCGUGGUGGGUGCCCCUGAAGCUCACCUCCAACACCGUCGACGACCUGGACCCGGACGAGAACCUCAUUUCCGCCGAACAGCCCGUCGUUGAGACCUGGGGCCCCGACACCAGCAAGGAGUGGCUACUCGUCAACAGCGACCAGAUGGGAUACUACCGCGUCAACUACGACAUGUUCAACUGGCUGCGGCUCAUCCGCGCCUUCAAGGAGGACGCCGACAACAAGCUGCCGUCGGAGAGCUCGCGCGCCAUGCUGCUGGACGACGCGCUGUCGCUGGCCGCGCAGGGCCUCCUGGAGUACCCCGUGGCGCUGCGCCUCAUGGAGGCCCUGCUCGUCCGGGAGCGCCUGCCCGCGCCCUGGAUCGUCGCCGGCAGGCACCUCGAGCACCUGGCCAAGUUCUUCCGCGGCGCCAGCAGCAAGCACGAGGUCGCGUUCGACAGAUGGGUCCGGUCCCUGGUGGAGGGCGCGUUCGCCGACCUGGGCUUCCCCGACGACGCGGACGAGGUGCUGUCGGCCCUGCCCACCGGGGCGCUGCGGGGCCUGGUCGCCAAGAUCGCCUGCCAGGCGAAGCACCCCGAGUGCGCGGCCGCGGCGCGGGGGCAGUACCUGCUGUGCGUGUCGGGUGACUCUCUGGCCCUCGCCGUCUGCCACGGCGUGACGGGGCCCUGGGCGCGGCCCGAGGCGCUCUCCACCACCAUCGCCUUGCUGACCGGCGAAAACGGCGCGGACGUCAUGCAGGGCCUGGGCUGCCUCAGCGGCCAGCAGCGCACCGAUCUCAUCCAGUCGCUGGUCGCGGGCACCAGGGACAUGAGUGUGACCAAGAUGGCGUGGAAGGCCAUCACCAGCGGGCAGACAGGGCUGCGCCUCGCCCUCGACGCCCUUCUUCAGAACUGCGAUCUGAUCAUCAAGAGGUUCGGCAGCACGUUCUACGCCGAAAUCCUCUCGGACCUGGCGCCGUCGAUCACCACGGACGCGCACCUCGACGCGCUGCGCGAGCUGGCGUCGCACCUCAACUCCCUGAGCCACGACUCGGAGAUCGCGGCGGCCGCGGUGAGCGUCGCCGAGGACAACGUGGCGUGGCGGAAGCUGUACUUGGACUCGGUGUUCGACGAGGUGAGCUCCUUCGACGCGGACCCCCAGGGCCAAGCCCAGGGCCUGUCCGUCCUGCCCAACAAGGUGAUCCCCACGAACUACGCGCUGCGCCUCGCCACCGCACCCCAGCACGCAGACGAUCCCAAGAAGGUGCAGAGCUCCGUGGAGAUCAGCGUCACGGUCGCGGAGGACACCGACCUAGUGUCGUUCCACUCGGGCAAAGGAUUGGCCUUGCAGCACAUUGCUGUCACGGAUGGUGAAAAUGAGGCGCUAUUCCACUGGUACAACAACAAUCUGUGGGAUGGCUUCGACGAGUUCACCAUGUACAGCGAGGAGUCGGAAAUGGUUUCCGUGCGCCUGGACGCCCCGAUGCUGGCCGACAAGACCUACACCGUGGCCAUCGAGUUCGUCCCCGGGUACGACGUCCUGGCCGGGGACGCGGAGGGAGGCCUCUUCCUCAGCACCCUGCCCGACGGCGUCUCGACGGUCACGGGGGCGCGCAUGGAACCCAACAACGCCCACCGUGUGUUCCCCUGCUUCGACGAGCCCCAGUUCCUGGCCACGUUCAGCCUGACUCUCGCCGUCACCGGCACCCCGAAGGAGGCCCUGUUCGUCUCGCCGCAGAAGUCCAUUUCGCAAGACCCCGCCAUGCCGGACACCACCAUCGUGGACUUCGAGACGACGCGCGCGCUGCCCGCGCACCUGCUCAGCUUGGCGGCGUUCGACGCCCUGGCCACGGCCACGGCCCGGCCAUCCCAGCCGGUGCCGUCCGGCGACACCGCCACCGUCUCCAGCGUGCGCGCGCGCACGGAGGUGCAGACGGCCACCCCGGGCGCGGCCAAACAGGCCGCCGCCCUUCUGGAGCUGCUGGACGGCGCGCUGUUCGAGCGGCCCCCGCUGGCCAGGCAGGAGAUCCUGGCGGUGCCGAGGCUGCAAGGCGGACCCAUCAUCAGCCCGGGCCUCGCCAUCCUACGGGAAGGUGACGUGCUGGUGGUCGACAAGGUGUCCUCGUCCGAGCAGGCGGUCCACGCCGCCCUGGCGAUGGCCAACGCACAGGCGCACUCCUUCUUCGGCAACGACAUCAUGUUUGAGGGAUGGAACAGCCUCUGGUUCCGCGAGGGCCUCGCCGCGUACCUCGAGAGCUGGGCCGUGGACAAGUUGAACAGCGGUGAAUACGGCGCGGUGAACAGGGCCGGCGUGGACCGCGUGCACCGCGGCCUGGCGCUGGCCGCCAUGGAGACGGCCGCCCCGCUGGCCUCGGCGCAGGGCGACUUGGCCAACAGGGGCCUCGGCGUGGUGCGCAUGGUGGCGGGCCUGCUGGGCGAGAAGGCGCUGUUCAACGGGCUGCAGGCCGUCUUGCUGGAUGGGCCGGCCAAGCUGUCCCACGUGGAGGUGCUGCAGACGCUGCAGGCCGCGGCGGACCAGCCGCCGCCCGUCGACCUGGUGCAGCUGGCGGAGUCCUGGACGUCGCAGGCGGGCUUCCCCGUGCUGACGCUCAGCCGCAACUACGACGACGGCACCGGCUUCCUCCGCCAGGAGCACUUCGAGUGGGACGCCGCCUCCAGGGACGCCCCGGACGACCGGACGUGGAUCGUGCCCUACAACGUGCUCACCGCCAAGACGGCCAAGACGGACCCCGCGCCGCUGCUCACCGAGGUGCUGACCACGAGGUCGGCCACGGUGAGCCUCACCGGCGAGAGGGGCGAUGUCUACAUGGUGCUGAACGCGGGUCAACCUGGCUUCUACCGCGUCAACUACGACUCCCAGAACUGGCAGCUGCUGACCAAGGCGGCGGCGGCCGGCGAGCUGGGCGAGGCGCAGCGGGCCACGCUGCUGGACGACGCGGUGGCGCUGUGCCGCGCGGGCCGCCUCGACGUGGCCGUCGUGAUGGACCUCCUCAAGGCCGUGACCGCGGUGCCCCAGGGCGCGCCCCUCUGCGUGCCAUGCUGGACGGCGGCGCGCGACGCCCUCACCACCCUGGGCCACCUCACGCGGGCCGACCCGGCGCACAGGGCCAUGUACAAGCGGUUCGUCAAGGAGAAGCUGGUGAACCCGUCCCCCGUGCAGUGGAGCGCACUCGCCGGCGAGGACUGGGCGCACGGCGCCAUGCGAGCGGUGGUCACGCAACUGGCGUGCGCGGCCGAGGACGACGUCUGCCUGUCCGAGGCCAAGGCCGCCCUGCUGGACUGGCAGAGCAACAAGGACGCUUUUAGCGUCGGCGUGGACCCCAACGUGCUGGCCGCCACCAUCUGCUACAUGAUGAGUCGCGCCCCCGCGGCGACCGACUUCACGGAGGUGAACGUCCGCAUCACGUCAACGGAGGACUCGUCGGCGCGGCGGGCCUACAUCGCCGGCCUGGGCUGCGUCCGCGACGAGGACAUGCGGAGCACCCUACUGAAGACGACAGCGGCCAAGUCCGGGGUGGACAUCUCCGACGUGCUGCCCAUGUUCGUGUCCAUCAUGGACAACAGUGACGCUCCCCUCGCCCAGGUCGUCGACUUCGUGGCCGAGAACUUCGACGCCAUGACCGAGAACCUCGGCCAGGACGUCGCCAACGCCGUGCUCUACGCGGUGGCGGAGAGGGCGCACGAGGACCGGCACUACAGCAAGCUGCUCUCUCUGGUGGACGGCUCGGCCUCGUCCUCGACCUCGUCCUCGGCCUCCGUGCAGGCGGCGGUGCGGCGCGCGGCGGCCAGUCGGGCCUGGUCGGCGACAUGGCAGUACAAGCUGGUGGCGUGGGUGUACGAGCAGCUCGACGAGGUUCCGCCCCCGGACCCGGAGCCGACCACCCCAGCCACGACACCCGCGUCGACGACCAGACCCGCCUCAACGACACCGGGAGUCACGACGCGGCCAACGACGCAGUCACCGACACGCCCAACAACGCGGCCAACGACACAUCGGCCAACGACCCAGCGACCGACGACUCAGCCCACGCCACGCCCGACCACCCACAAGCCCAACUCCGCCGCGGCAGCCUCCACCAGUGUGCUCGCCCUGCUGCUGACCGCCUUGCUGGUCUUGUUGCGGUAGGCACCCGUCCGGAUUCCACCGACAGCGAUCUCUGCGCAAUCUCGUGCAAACGGAAUCUUUAGGCCUCACCUGCGAAGGACGAUCAAGAACGCCAGAAGUAGGGCCGGUUCCUACUCUGGUCUAGUGUCGAAUGAUCUUGCAACCGCGUGGCCUUUUUAUGCUCAGGAAAUUUGCCUCGAAUAAAGACUUUUGUAUUCUGGGUGCA